AGUAUAGCCGCUACCUGCGUUGAGAUAUGUUGUUUUCGAUGGCGUUCGUACGAAAACCGAAGUAACGCGAGUCGACCCAUUUUCACGGACGUUAGGGGAAGUUCAUGUAACGAUGUAAAGAACAACAAAGUGUGAAUCCAAGAAACGCGAUAUUUUGGUUCGAAGAAUAAAUAAAGUGCUACAGGCUGUGUGCUAAGUGUGAUUUCGAGAUGGAUGGCUUCUUCGUACUCGACUGUCUUCCAUACUAGUUGCUACAAGAUCGUGUUGUGCGGGUAUCUCGAUUUUUAAAUGGAUCGUCGAAAUUCAGUGAUUUACAGUAGUUUCGAAAUCAGAUUGGAAGGAUACCAAUUCUUAUCUGUUAUCGUCAACGUGAAAGUGUUUACAACGUCUUCGUAGGCAGUGUUGCGUUACUUUGGAAAUCAUGCAUGCGGUGAAGCACAAGGGAGAAAUGGACGUUUCUCGCGCGUACUCUUUGUUUACCACCGAUGGGAAAAUCAACGAGAACCUGUCGCCGUGUUGUGAUAAGAAUAAAGGUUAGGUAUUAAACGUUUCUUGCUAAAAGUCUCCGGAAAGUGAAAGAAACUGUCGAAGAGUGCAGCUGAAACGUAUUCAGGGAAAAAACAAGGGUAGAGACGAUACCUAGUGGGGAAACGAAAGAUUAAAGCAUGCCGCGCAACGUAUGAGGAACAGACAAAAGCAUAUGGUUCCGUGCUUUGUUGGACAAAAGAGGCGACGAGAGUCGGAACGGCGGGAAAGUACAGUGCAAAUGGGUAACGAAAGACAGAGGAAACCAGAAGCAGACAACGACAGAGGAGGGGACAUGUCUGUAAAGCGAAAAUAAAGGUUGAAAGAAAGGCGGCAAGUAUACAUAGAGCUCGAGGGAUUUCGGGGGAGAGAGCGGCAUAGGGGAUUACGCAGAGAAAAUAUGAAAAUGAAAGGGAUAAAAACAACGCGAAAAAGAUAGGAAAGAGAUGUUGGCGAAGAAAAGGUGCACUCGAUCAGAAUAAAUGAAAAGCGAGAUACCUAGUGAAGUGAUACUCGAUAGGAACGGGACAAAGAGAGAAAGACGUGACGCGAAAAGGACAGAGAUACGCCAGAGUGGAUGCUGGUGGAAACGAGUGCAGAGGAGAGGGGAGAUUACGAGCGAAACGUGGAAAACUGGAGUUUAGGAUAAGCGUGAUAGCGAGCGAAGUUGUGAAAGCAAAAGGGAAGGUGCUUUACCCUGGAGUCCGAUGUUCAGAGUCGUACGAUGGCCGGGGCUCUAUCCGAGAAUGCCCCGAGACCUGUCAGUGUCGUCACAGUGGGCUGUGCGACCGUCGAUAAUACUAGGAACAAUCACCUCAACAGACCGCAGGAGUCUCGAGACAAUGCGCGGUCUUUCACUUCGACGGAGGCGCAGACGGAACUGGCGCUCCACAGCGGGCCAGAGGCACUGGAGGACUUGGACAGUGCUCGAUGUGCCCGUAGAAGAGAAAGACGGAUGCGCAGGGAACACCGACGUGCCUUGAGAUCCUGUUCGUUGCCACCGUCGUAUCCUGGUACAUCACCGGGUUGUCAGCCUUCUACCGCACCGGGAGUACCAUUAGUAACACCUCCAAGAGGAUUUCUGCAUCCUCCGCCACCUCAUUUGGGUCUUAGAGGCCUUAGUCUUGGUCUACCCUUCCCAGUCUCGACCAGCGUCUCAGCUUUCGGCAGGGACGCUGUACCGAAGCAAUGUUGCGGCCUCGGUUCCCCUCCUGUACGUUGGUCCAUAUUGGGUGUUGGAGUAGUGGGUCUCGUCUGCGCGGGUGCUGGCGCUCUGCUGGGGGCCCUCAGGGCUUCAGGUCGGGACCACAUAGCUGUAGCACUUCUCAUGAUCGGUAUAGGAGUGGUUCUGGUAACUGUGAGCGCUGUAGCGUGGCGAGUGACCAGUCGAGAAAAUUGCAGUAGUUUCUUUGGUUUUACGGGGAUCUCGGGUAGAAUCCCGCCAGCGAGGCCAAUUCAUCCGUAUGCUGCCAUGAUUUAUCCGGAAUUUCAGUUUAGAACUCCACCGCCGAGUUAUCAGGCGAGUAUGCAAGAGUACAGGCUUCGACUAUUACUUCUGGAUCGCUUGCAGCCAACGUCCUCGCCUCCGCCGACCUACAGGUCCAACGCUGGUAGUAUCGUGACACCUGGCACAACUAGAGAAAGCAGACCGCCGAGUUAUUGCGCCAGAUCUAAUGUUGCUUCGAACACGAAUGUCGCACCUUCCAAGAAGGACGCGAACUUGGUCAGGAUUGUUCAGACUGAAUCGGAGCCCGUGAUUUUAAGCGGGGAUCAAACACCCCCGGUCACUGCCGUUGAGGUACUCGCGCAUCUCUGAUUAUUAUUUUGUAUCCUUCGCAUCGCUGUCGCAGAAAUAGGCUGUUGCCUAAUCAAGAUUCUCCUUCGCGUAUUUUAUGAUAGGAAUUAUCUACCGUGCAAUAUAAUUGUAUCAUUUGGGUUCGUUUUGCGCUUCCUUGGUACGCUAUUACCGAAUAUUAACUUCAAAUCGUCUGUUCGAGACAAUUGAUCAAAUGAAGGACUCAAAGAAUGUGAACUUUUUGAUUUUUUGUUUAGUAUUACAACUUAAACAACCAAAGAAUAUCGUCUUUAAGUAUUUUACUUGGUCAUUUGUUUCGGACAUACAAGUCAGAAAAUAUUUACUUGACGUUAUCGACUGGCCAACGUUAACACGUUUAAUGUCAAGUGAGUUUCGUAUUAUUCGUUAUUAUGUACAAAAUGGAAGCAAUCGGUGUUUUAACGGUGUUCUGAUUACUUUACAGUAUUUCUGUUGCCAUGAAUCUCAUUGAGAAAUUAACAAGUAUUACAGUUUAUUUAUGAUAAGCGUAUUAAGGAAGCGUUGUAGGUUCAAUGCGUUGUUAGCGGUGAUCGACGAAGUUUAAAUGGAAAAUCUGCUGCUGAUCACUGGUGAUCAACAUGGAAUUCAAUAUAUUAACCCUUUGAGCUCGACAACAUUUUUUCUAGAGUGAACUAGUAACUCCAACUUCAAACUGCUGACCUAAAAAUACAGUAGAACCUCGUUUAUCAGCACCUCGUGUAUACAAACAAAGUCUUGCUCAGUCUCGGAUAUACGAACUUUUAGCUGAGCUCAAUACCUUUCAAGUCUCCCGUAGCUUCUAUUAUCUAAACUAUGGUGGAGGGUUCAUGGAAGGGAUAGUUAGUGGACCUCUACUAUCUGAACUACUCGGUUAUCGGAUCUGUCUUGUCCCCAGACCAGUCAGAUAAAUAAGGUUAUACUGUAUUUCACAUCCAGAUUAAUGAGAAGAACAACGAAAUCCAAUAUAAACAAAAUUGUUCGCCUUUCAGUCGCCACUCGAGGUACCGCGUGAUACCCAAUGGUGACCGACGGUUGCGUCUCGAACGCAAAGGGUUAAUCGAGUUACCUUCUCUAAAAAAAUAGAUUUAAGUAUUUAACGAAAAGGUGAGUCGUUUCGAUCGUUAUUGUACAAGUGCUUCUGCACUUCGUGGCUGACGCUAGAGUCGUGCCAUUUGCAGCCUUUGGCUGCCAUUUGUGGUAAAGCGAAUUAAGCAUCCCACGUAACCGUGACAAUUACGGUCUUGGGUAAAAUUAGUGGAUUCGUAACCGUAGAACUGACAGAUGUAUAAUAUGAGCCCAUACUUAGAAAAUUUGUUUUUUUUCUACGGCGUUAAAGAUUUAAGAUCUUCCAAUCUUUUAACCAAGUAUUGACUGAUUUUGUUUGAAAAUGUCGUCAAAGCUGCUUGGUUAGCCACGUAUUCUUUUGGGAAUGAGCGGGCGAGCAUCUUGUUCGGUUCGUUUUUAUUCCAGCGCCAAAUCUUGUUCAUAUGCCUUCCCACCAAGGAGUAUCUUAGAAGCAUCUUUUCUGAUUCAAUUGAAACGUCAGCUAUUAACACAUUCUUCACGUAACCCGUGGGGUUGAAAUUUGAGAAUAGUUGUCUAAAGUCGUUUCCUUCGUAAAAGUAAUACACUUCAAGGUUGUUCAGUUCAUCAAAAUGCAUCUGCCUCUCAAUUAACGGAACUUUAUUUUCCGGGUUGAACUAGGGUCGCAAGAAAUACAUUGAGUCAUCGCCGUUUUCUGAGUAAUCAUGAAAAAUUGGACGAGAAAAUCGUGUGAGUGACAGUUGAGCUACUAUUUCUUCUUUGUGCAAUAGCGCAACUCCUUCAAUUGGGGCCUGGGCGACUACGUUAUGGCCCGGGAUAAAUGCUACAGGAUAAGUCAUUAGAAUUGGAUUAGCGGCGAUCGCAUCAUUCGCGUAUGAGCACACGUAGGCCUGGGCUGGAAACCACAUUUUCCUCACUAUUCUCCCAAAUAGUGUAAUUGAAAAGUAUCUCCACCGAUGCUUCAAUCUUUGAUUUUUUUCUACCCAAUCCUUUAACCAUUUUCGCUUUGUGAUAAUAGGGAAGUGAAUAGAAACCAGCGCUAGGAAAAAGAAACAGAAGUACGAGAUUUUAAAACGUUUAAUCGUAAGAAAAUAUUUUCACAACUGGUGAUAAAGUAAGAUAAUACCCAAGAUCGAAAGGAUCUCCAAAUAUCGUAUUUCAUGAUGUUGAUAUUUUUUGGGAUCACAUGGAAGUUUGAUCGUACAGAGUGUUCAGCGUUGCAGGUAUAAACUUAACUGAUUAACAAAUUUGGUAAACAGAAACGGAAAAGUCUUAUUAGACAUACAUACAUACAUACAUACAUACAUACAUAUAUUUAAAAUAAAACGUACAGUUAAUCGUAACAGUUUACAUAUACUCUGUAAAGUGCAAUAUUAUAGACAAUAGAAGUUUCGAUAAUCCUAUUAGUAUUAAAUUGUUUGCUAGUUAAAGUUAGAAAUAUUUUCAAGAGGAAUGAUACUUACUAAAUUCGUUUAUAUAAAAAUAUCUACAAUUACGAAAUACCAUUUUAAAUUAAUGAACUAAGAAUAAUCACUGCAAGUAUAAGAGGCAGUGAGAAAUAUGGAUUCGUGAUUGGCCGAAGAUAAUACGACUAGUGGAGUGAAUCUAAGUACUAUCGUAAAUUUAUUUAUUUAUUUAUUUGUUUGUUUAUCUAAGAGACGGAAUUUGUUGACGAACAGAAAGUUUAAUGCGUAAUGUCAGAAAGCACACAAAGAUCAGAAAGAAGAAUGCAAUUGGUCGUUGUGUAUUUGUAAGUAAAAAAUAGAUGUAAAUGUAUUGUACAAAAGACACAAAAAUUUGCGUAGCAGUGAUUGGAUAGAGUAUCAUCCAAUAAUAUGAAGUCAUACGAUUUCUUCAAUGAACUAAGUUCCAAUAGUGUGCGACCGUUUAUUAUAAGUAUCAGAUACUUGUCUCCAUUACCUUGCGUUCUAAAUGAUAUCUAAUUUCUUAUUGCCUAUCAUGUACUUUAGUGUAUACUCGCUAGACCAAUUCCCUUUGACGAUGAGCAAUUCCACUAGCCGGUUGUAUGUAGCAAGAAGACCCUGCUCUUUCGAGGUGUAACCUCCAUCAAGUUUUUUUGUGCAAUAUGGUCUUGCCAGUGCUUGUCGUGCACUACACAAGAAAUAACUAAGAGGGGGCUCUCCCUGAAUGUGGCCGAAAUUUUUCUCAUUCGUUUAAUUAAUCUAUUACGCGAAGAGCAUGUGAAUUUGGUCCCCGUUAUUUUCCACUGUACGUGAUAUAUCUAACCCGACUUAGGUGUCAUAGAAAAAUGGUUCCCUGGUUGUUCAACUCGGUAAUCGAAUACUUUUCGUUAACCCUUUGGGCCGUUAGGAUUUAACUCGUGAUUCGUACUGCAGCCAUGUUCAUCAUCAGUGUUGGAGCAGUCAUAAAAUUUCGGCUAAGUUUCGUCGUCUGUGAUAGUCAACGACCCUUGUUUGAACAAUUUGACGUUUGUUUGGUGAUGAACAUUCCACAUUCGUUUACUUUAAUCGAGUGACUAAAGGUCUCUUCUAAAGGUCUAACAUAAUUUCGAAUUAGGACUAAAUUACCCUUGGAAUAACUUUAUUCUCGUGUUGGAGUUUUAAGUCCUCUACUCUUUGUCUAAGAUUCAAGUGUUCGUCCUGUUCGUCAAGAAUACUGUUGGGUUCGUAACCUACUUGUAAUUCGAAUGGGAUAUAUCCCUUGGACCGGUUAAUGGUGCAAUUAUAAUUAAACAUUGCCUUAGGAUAACGUGGGACCUUUCGUUCUUUCGAAAAAUUUUAUAUCUAUAUUUUAUUCCUCCUUUGCUUCAUCCCUGAUUACCGCGACAACCAACUCGUUGAGCCAUUCACAGGUCUCGUUAUUAUCGCGUAUAUUAUCUCGUAUAUGUCUGCUGGUUCUGAUAGUUUCUCUAUUGGCUGAUUAAGGUCUUCUAGUUGUUAGACGGUGACGAACUUGAUCGAUGUGUCUGGUUGGGUGUAAUAUUCUGCUAAGGCCGCUAAAAAGAGUUCCUGGUAUACCAUGAAAAAUGGUAGCCAUGUCAUGAUCUCGUGUGAUGAAUCUCGUAACAGACACCUUUUGUUUAUUAGAACAUCGAAGGUUGGUUGCAUGGCCUCGCGACAUAUUAGGUAGUUCCUUUCUGCUCGAUACUGUGAGAUAAUCCGCUCUUAGAAAUUCGGAGAGAUCAAACUCAGCAGGGUGUUCUUUAUGGAGUUUAAGGAUAGAGGAAGGAGCUAGUACUCUACCUUUAGUAAACAAAAAGAGAGUCCCAUAACGAUAAGUCACUACAGAGUAAUCCAACUGAUUGUAAUACUCCUCGUUGCUUUUGGGGAGUUGGAACUGUUUCAGAUCAUCUAAAGAGAUCUUAACUCCACCCUUUAGUCGAUUUAUUAAAUCAGACAUGUUUAACUCGCAAUCCAAUAGACGUUGAAUCUGUGAUUUGUAGAAAAUUUUAUGUGAUUUUUCUGUAAUGAUAGAAAUUUCGCUACCUGUGUCGAUGAGGAAUGUUGUAGGGCUGUAUUCCUAGCAGUUCUAGUGGAACAAACCGGGACUGGUCCACACGGUGCUGAUCUGUUGCUGUCGUUCUUGUGUUGCCGAUGAUGGCUGUGUCCCGGGUGGCGUCGUAUUCGGCAGGACCCGUUGGAAAUUUUGCUGCUGUCCUUGCUGGUUUCGUUAUUGUUCUUUCCACCGUUUAGUUCUACUUCAGUUUCUGUGUGUCCUUUUGCCUGUUCUCUAUUUUUUGAAAGGGAAAUACUUACAAUUUUAUUAGAUUGCAGCCUCUUUCUCCCAGCGAUUUCAAUGUAAUCAAUUUGUCUUCCAUUUGUCGAUAAAUAUAUUGCGAUAUUACACCAUCAUUGAAUUCUGAACUCUGAGCUCAGAGUAUUUGUUCUAGUAUAUAUCCGGGCUCUUCUUCGUUCUCCGUUUCUGUUGAUAAUAUAUCCGUUGUAGAUUUCUUCGAGUCGUGUACAUCGGCAUGUUGAGUUGGAACAAGUACAAUCGUGGAUUAUAUGGUAGUGUUCCCCAUGUUCUGCAAUGAUAAAGAUUGCUCCCGCAUAAAGUUUUGAUAGUGCGAGGUGAAUAAUUUGAUUCUCGUGGGUAUCAAGUGUAUCUCGUUCAACGAUGUCAUGAAGGAUUUUUCGCCGUAUUGGACGUUGUCUAAUAAUCCUAUCAAGAAAGCGCUCCUAAUUGUAAUUUUAAUUUUUUCAAUUGUACAAUAAUGUAUUUGAUAUGAUCGCUUAUUGUCAUCUACAUUCGUUUCUUUUCUAAGUUUUGAUUAUCCACAUGAUGUGUUCUCAUGUUUUGUAUUGCUGGAAGUACGAAUUUUAUCGUUAGUCCUCUUUCCUAAAUUAAUUCGAGUACUGCCCACAUUGUUAACCAUUGUAGUUUUUGUUUUCAACAUUCUUCUUGUUCACUUUCAAUACUCUCUUCUUCUGAAUCGCUGAGUACUUUUCCUCGGUUUUGAUUUCGUCAACAAUGACUCUCCUUAUACAGGGUGUCCCAGAAUGUUAAUAAUUCAAAAACGAAGCACCAUCCGACAUUUUUGCACAGGAAAUUGUGGUUCAGAAUCGUCUCAGCUAUCCUCCAUUUUCGGUUCUUAUAUUAAUUCUGGGACAUCCUGUAUAUACACCACCACUCGUGAAAUCGGUGGAAAUUACCAACACUCUCUACCCUCACCACUACGGUCAUGUGAUAAUGUAGUUAUUGGGAAGAUGCUUAUAUAAUGUUAUUAACAAAACAAGAUUAUUCUGUGUACUAUAGAAAUUGUGUUUCAUCAUUUCUCCAUUCGUGACGCUAAUAAUAGAAAAGACAAUUCCAUUUUGAGUCCAUAGUACUAGUAUGGAUAUUUCGGAAAAUUCGACCAAGUUAUUAAUAGAAGCUCAACAAACGUGUAAAAAUAAUGGCUUACUUGCUAUUAUGUAAUAAAUAUUAUUGUCGCAUGGAAGUUAAUCAUAAUGUGAAUGAUGAAGUAACCACAAAACAAGUAAUGAGUGGACAUCUAUGGUUGAGGAAAACGGUGAUAAAAUAAAUCAGCAAUAUUUCUUCAUGAAUAAAUUAUUUAUUUUAAUAUUGAAAAGUAUUAUAACAUUUAUUUAACAACAGGAGUGUUAUAAACAUUUAAAAAAAUCAAUCAUAAGAUUUUGGAAUUUCAUUUUUAUUAAUAGGGUCUUGUGUGUCCUUUUUAUCGUUAGCUAAUGGCAUUUAUUUUAAUAAGCGUAAACUAACGAGGAUUAUCCAAUUGUUUAAAAGAUUUACAUUCCUUUGCAUCAUGCACGUCACGCGUCAUCUUCGCAGUCACCAAUUUGACGCGAACAUUUAAAUGUUUAGAUUGCCAUAUCAGUUAAGUUUGCACCUAUACAUCUGAAUCACUCUGGGAAAAUGUUCUUGAUGCUCCAAACAGCGAAAUUGCAUUAGUCCGAUAUUAACUCAGAUUAUCGGAAAUCGUACAGGUGUACGAAUUUAUUUAUUACGUGUAAAAAAUAAGAAAUGGAUAUUUCUUGCAUUAUCAUUCUGUAAAUAACGAUGUUAAAAUGUUACUUGCAGUAUUGUACUUCCGAUCUGUAAUAUGUAAAAUACUCGUGUAAUGCAAGUUAUGUGUGUUGCGAAAGGGUGUGUGAGACGGAACGUGUCAACAAUGUGUACUUUGCGUCGGUAGGAACUUUUGUCUUCCACCUGUUAAAAUUACUCGUGUGUGGCUUUGGAAAAAAAGACGUGUCUAAAAUCUGAACAAAAUUUACCAAAUCUAUUUGGCAUGAUUGUAAUGUUUUUUGAAACUUUUAUCUUUCGUGCUACUUGCAAAAACCAUAAUGUAUUGUAAAAUUAACAUAUAAAGUGAAUCUUGUUUGUCGUAAUAAAUACAAGACUUAGGGUGUUUCAUCUUAUUAUAAACUGGUUCAAAUAAUUGAUAUUAAAUUAAUUUCUGUACGUAUCUAUCACGAAAAAAUAUUCAAAAUAACUCCUUUUUUUACCUUCUAAAUUUUUAUUAGCAAAUCAGCUGUUAGAUGGCUACCUUUCUCACUUAUGACUAUGGUUUCCUUAAAUGAUCUAACUCUUCUUAUGACUAACAGGUUUCAUUUUUCGAGGAAAAUCUCGACACAGCAAUUAUUUCUAAUUAAUUUUACAAAAUUAAUUUUUGUACGUAUUAUAGGAUUGCUCAGAAAUAAUUGUAAAUUUGGAAAAAUCGUUUUUACUGUAUCAACGAUUUAUUAUAUCCAGCGAUAAAAUUCCAUUGGUGUAUUUUCCAAGUCAGAGUGUACGAGUAAUUAAGUUAACGAAAUACUUAAAGCUGCAUGAGCUUGUUGAAUUAUUAUAAGGGUUACUGUAGUUCAAACGAAUGAUGCAGCUUUAAGGAUAAGAAUGCUACCGAAAGCUUUAACGCCAUACAAUAAUGUUUACUACUCGCUUCAUUAUGUCGACAUGCCUCGGCGACGAUUCAUCGUGGAAAGUCGUAAAAGGAAUUAGAACUUUGUGAGUUGCGUAUAAUACAUACCUAUUUUUGUAACUAUUAUUAACGGUUAAAAAUACUGUUGGUUUUUGAUAUACAAUAAUAAAAUCUUCUCUAUAACUUAAA